AUGUCUGGCUUCCCAUUCCCGAUCAAGACGGUCUUCUGCGAGGGCCAUACACCAUGCGAGUGCGACGAGACCUAUUUCCAUGCUCUGAGGGACUGGGUGCGGCUGGCUGCUGCCUUUGGUUGGCCGGAGACUGUGAGAAAAGUUGCGCUGUCCUACCUGUCAAGGGUCAAAUCGUUGGAAGAUACCGUCAUUAUGAUCGACUCUGUUCGAAUCUGCCCACAUGGUCAGUUGGCUAUGCUGGGCGCAGAGUUGCCUCUUGAAUACCGGGAGAGGUAUGGCACAAUCAAUAUCGCGUGGUUGAACAACGUUCCACUUGUUUACACUUUGUUCCGUUGGUUCAACGGGGACACCAUCCACCGUAUCUGUCUUGAGUCUGCUGCGGAAUGGGUCGCAUAUGAAGAAGACAUGCUCGAUAAUGAGGCUUCGUCGGGGUUGUUCAGAAGAAAAGACUUCAAGUGCCUCCAAGAUCCUGCAGCCGUGGCGCAGAUGAUGCAAGAUGGCAAUCGCACCGUUGAAUCGGUUGUGUCUGAUGUGCGCGUGGUUACUAUUUUCUAG